GACACCUGACGUGUCAAAGUGUUAUCUCUUAUCAAUUCACAGUUUUUAAAUUUUAUAUUCUUUGAUAUUUGAUUUACAAUUUUACAUUGUGCGGGAUACCUGGGAUAGACUUUACCGGCCCCAAAGAGUAGAAUAUAUAUAAUAGCAGGUGCUUUUAAUAAUGUCCAAUCACGAUAGAACAGAUGAUUUACCAGAGAAGACAACUGAAACUAAUCGGAAAAAUGUUUUAUAUUUAUUCGACGUGGACGGCACCUUGACGAAACCACGUCAAGUUAUUUCGGAAGAUUUGAAAAGUUUUUUACUUGAAAAAGUAAAGCCGAAAGUUUCAGUGGGACUCGUCAGUGGCUCGGAUUAUGUUAAAAUCGUAGAGCAAAUGAACGGCGUUGAGGUUGCGAAUCAAUUCGACUACGUGUUCUGUGAAAAUGGGGUGGUGCAAUAUAGGCAAGGAAAAUUAAUAAGUACGCAGAGUAUUUUGAAUUAUAUCGGUGAGAAAACUCUUCAAAAAGUGAUCAAUUUUGCUUUAGGUUAUAUGUCCAAAUUGCAGCUUCCAGCUAAGAGAGGCAAUUUCGUUGAGUUUCGUUCGAGUAUGAUAAACAUCUGCCCCGUGGGACGGUCGUGCAGUCAGGCCGAGAGAGAUGAGUUCUCUAGAUAUGACCAAGAGCAUAAAAUAAGAGCAAAGUUUGUGGAGGCUCUUCAAAGAGAAUUUGACUCAAAGUUAGUAUUUGCCCUUGGAGGACAAAUCAGUGUUGAUGUUUUCCCCAGGGGUUGGGACAAAACAUACUGUCUUGGACAUUUAGAGACUGAGAAUUUUAAGGAAAUCCAUUUUUUCGGGGACAAAGUCAUGCCCGGUGGCAAUGACCAUGAAAUCUUCAAUGAUUCGAGGACAGUCGGUCACUCUGUCACUUCUCCAGAUGACACCAAACAACAGUUGAAACAGUGCCUUAAUAUUGAAUAAAUUUUGUAAAUAAGCUACAAAUUUAAUAAAAUGUCUAUCAAAGUACCAAGAGAACAUAGAUUUUGUACAUUCCAAUUAAUUCUAUGUAAUUAUUCUAUACUUAAUUUUUGUAUCUAUAAUUUAUUGCUCAAGCUAAUCAUUAUUAAUAUAAAAUGGUAAAAUUAAAAAAUAAUUUUGUAUAAUAA